CCCGCCACAAACUCUGCUUGUCCCGAAUUCUGUUUAAUAACACCCUUUGCAUCGGUACAAUAAACAGGGAUAAAAAUAUUCGUAAAUUUGUACUUUGCUAAUCUCGUUUUUAUUCCUUUCUAUUGUUUAAAAAAUGAAAGGUUCGUCAAAAAAUGAUGACUGCUAUUUUUUCUAUUAUUCUUCGUGUACCAAGAGUGAUAGGUGCCCAUUUCGUCACGAAGCAGCAGCACUUGGGAAUGAGACAGUAUGCUCGUAUUGGCAGCAAGGAAUGUGCAGCAAACUUCAUUGCCCCUUUCGUCACAUGGAGUUGAAAAAAAACCGUUCACAAAUACCUUGCUAUUGGGAAUCACAGCCAGUUGGAUGUCAAAAAUCUCAUUGCCCUUUCUUUCAUAAAACACUAAAAGAGUUGGGGGAUACUUCACCAAACAAAGAUGAAACGUCAAUAAGGAGGGUAAAAAAUGAGCAAGAAGCAGAUUCUGAAAAUGGGUCAACAACCCCUCCACCUCUAGUUCAGUCCAUGGUUGUCAGCAUCAAUGAAGAAUCUGAUACAGAAAGCAUUCCUUCUCCCAGCAAGGCACAGAAAAACACAGAUGACGCCUUCAAAAUCAAAUCUCUGGAGGAACUUAAACUGGAACAGAUACAAAAACACGACGCUGCCAUGUAUCAGUACGAUCAGCCCGCUGAAGGAAAAACAAAGAAUACUGCCAAAGUCAGGGUGGACCUAAGGAAUCGUCUGCAAGUUAGUCAGCCACCCGAGCAGAAUCAGAAUUCUGAAUUUAAAGUGAAAACAUUGGAAGAAAUCCGAGCGGAAAAGCUAGCCAAGAACCAAGUUCCCAAAGAUGACCCAACCACUGUGGAAGAUGCCUUGACUGGUUCUUCAUUCAAUUCCAAACGACCAGCACCGCAAACCAAAAAACAAAUCCGGAUCAAGCGGCCAAAGAUCUCCGUGGAUCCACCUUCAGAUUUACAAGUGCCUAAUACGGUAAUUGAAAAUGCUGCGACAAACGCAACCGCGUCUAGCAAACCAGCUGUGGUGGCGUCCCAUCCCCAGUCCACUCAAGCUGAAGAUUACCUUGACGAUGAUGUUAGCGAUGGAGCGGAUAACACCACCGGUUUACUAAACGAGGACGAACUUCUUUUGGAGAUCGAUAAUAUAUUGGGAGACUAAUUGUGCGCUGUGUUUUUGUUUUUUCUUGUUUGUAAUUGCUCUGCAAAGUGAUACAUAAUGACACGACACCAUGGGAAGAAAAAUACAAAUGUGCGUUUUAACCCAG